AUGCGUCGAGAGCAGGAAAUGGUUGAGAUAUCAGAAAGAUCGUCUUCUAGAGGUGACAUGUUACCGCUUGGGAGGCGGCUGGGGCUUUGGUACGCCAGUUGUGUCAUAAGCACCCCUUCCCAUGUUUGUAGCAGAGAGAUCCCUGACAAUCAUUGUGUUGACCUAAUAUCCGUCAGUCACCUCAGCCCAGAAGGGGAUAUAUAUAUAUAUGUACGUAUACAUGCAUGCACCGUCCAGGAUGCUCACAGCCUCACAAGGAUCGGAUCCUGCCAUACCUCGGCCAGAGCACAAGGAAAAGGAAGCUGCGGCACUCGCCGGGGGAACUCUGAGAUAUAUCCCAAAAGGUCCCUGGAGAUUGGUCCUGGGUAA